AUGUUCGAAAAGAGUCUUCAGGACAUGGUGAAAGGCAUUCGUGCCAACAAGAACAAUGAAGACGCCUACAUUCGUUCAUGUAUUGCUGAGAUAAAGGAAGAACUCAGAUCGAAUGAUAUCAAGAAGAAAGCUGUCGGUGUUCAGAAAGUAACUUAUCUUCACAUGUUAGGAUAUGAUAUGAAUUGGGCUGCUUUUCAUAUUUUGGAAGUGAUGAGUAGUCCUAUCUUUACAUAUAAGAGAAUUGGUUAUUUGGCUGCUUCUCUCGGCUUCACUCCUCAGACGGAUGUUAUUCUCUUGACUCAUCAAUUGUUUAGAAAAGAGUUGAAGAGUUUGAAUCAAUAUGACACAGGAUUGGCUGUUUCCGCAAUUGCUAACAUUGCCACUCCAGAUCUAGCAAAGGACUUGGCUUCCGAAAUUCUUGCUCUUCUCAACUCUUCAAGACAAUACAUCAGAAAGAAGGCUGUUUUGUGCAUGUACAAAAUUUUCAUUCAAUAUCCUGACGCUUUGAGACCAUCAUUCCCCAGACUCAAGGAAAAACUUAGUGAUUCUCAUCCUUCUGUCGUAUCUGCUGCUGUCAAUGUUAUUUGUGAGUUGGCCAGAAGAAAUCCACACAAUUAUCUCGGAAUGGCCCCAAUCUUUUACAAGUUGUUGACAAAUGUAAAUAACAAUUGGACACUGAUCAAAAUCGUUAAAUUGAUGGGCGCUUUGGCACCUCAUGAGCCUAGAUUGGCAAAAAAGCUCGUUGAACCAAUUGCCAAUAUGAUCAGUACCACACCAGCUAAGAGCUUGCUCUAUGAAUGUUUAGUGACUGUUACUGUCGGAAUGAAAGAGCAUAUGACUGUUGUCAAAUUAGCUGUGGACAAAUUGAAACAAUUUGUUGAAGACAAGGAUCAAAAUCUUAAAUAUUUGGGCCUUGCUGGUUUGAACAACUUGUUGUCCAAAUAUCCAAAGGUCAUUUCUGAUAUGAAAGACACAAUUAUGGAGUGUCUUGAAGAUCAGGAUAUCACCAUCCGAUUCCGAGCAUUGGAUUUACUUUGUGGUGUUGUUAAUCAAAAGAACAUCAAGGGUAUAAUGUCCAGAUUGAUGAAACAAUUAGAAAAGGCUGAAGGGGAUUAUAGAGAUUUCCUCAUUGAAAGAAUCAUUACCUCUUGUUCAAAGGAUAACUACAGCAGUAUUGCAAACUUCAAAUGGUAUUUGGACAUUUUGAUCCACUUGACAAAUGUUAAGUCUGCCCAACAUGGUAAAUUGAUUGCUCAACAUAUCAUGGAUGUCUUGAUUAGAGUUAAGAGCUUGAGACAACAUGGAGUUAAUGAGAUGAUCAAUCUGUUGACUUCUCCACAUCUACUUACUGAAAGUUCUGAGACUUCAAGUGUUUUCGAUGUAUUGUAUGCUGCCUCUUGGACAAUUGGUGAAUUCAUUACACAGGCAGAUGUUGAUUACAAAGACGUUUUAGAAAAACUUCUCCAACCACAAACUGCAUCAUUACCAGAUAGAAUCAAAGCAUGUUAUGUUCAAGCAAUUACCAAGAUUUAUGCUGCAGCUGCUGCUAAGGGCCAAACAAAAUCUACUGAACAACAAGUUCAAGACCUUCUUGGCUUUGAUAGCUCCACGUUAGAAUCUCAACAUCAAGAAGGAGAAAACGAGCAAUUGGAAAAUCUUCCAAAGCAAAACAACACUAAAGUUGAUUCCGAAUUGCUCUCUCAAUUACGUACCAUCAUUAGAGAUGGUUUCAAUAAGUAUUUUACCUCACCUGACGUUGAAAUUCAAGAAAGAUGUUCAACUUGUUUGGCUUUAUUGGAUAUUCAUGAGCAAUUGACAAAGGAAGGUACAGAUGUUGGACCUGAAAUUGAAUCAAUUUUCGAAGACCCUUUGAAUCCUGUGCUUCCUGGCUCACAAGAGAAAGUUCCAAUCCCAGAAGGAUUAGAUUUAGAUAACUGGAUUGGCAGAUCAUGGGAGCUUCUUGUGGAUGAAUCAGUUUUUAACCAAGUACCUGGCCUUCCAUCAUCUGAGUACACUUCUUCAAAUCCAUUCGAGUCUGAAAAUGUUCAUGAAGGUCACGAAAUCAGCGAUCCAAACGCUCCAAUUAGUAAUUAUCAACAAUACAAGGAGGUAUUCACUAUUAAGUCUUCCAAGAAGAAGGUUCAACCAACUACUCCUGAGGCAGUUCCAAAGAAGAAGACUGUGAAGAAGACAGUUAAAAAGAAGGUUAAAAAACCUCAAGAAGAAGAAGAUGAAGAACCAAUGCAAGUUAGCACAGAGUUUGAACAGGUUGAAGGAUAUAUCCCAACUAAAGCCACCAAAAUUGUUGAGGUUGAGGAUGCUUUAAGUAAGAUUGAUCUUACUCAGCCAAUUGGUGCUGAUGAACAAUUACCUACUAUUAAGGCCUAUCCAAUUGGUAGCUCUCCAAUUAUCCCAAAGAAGAAGGAAGAACCAGCAAAGAAAAAGGUUGUUAAAGAAGCAAAGGCUGAGACUACUAAAACCAAGAAAAAGGCCACUACCAAAGAAGCUGCAACUUCCUCCACAAAGAAAAAAACCAAGACUGUGAAACAGAGUUCUGGUAAACAACUUUUGGAUUUGUUAGACGAACCAACUCAACCUGCUGAAGAAAAGAAGGCUACAAAGAAGAAGGCAACAACAACAAAGAAAGCACCUGAAAAGAAGACAUCAACUGGAAAGAAGGGAUUGAAGCUUUUAUGUCGUGAUGAUCACCUCAAAGUUUACUACAACACCAAAGCUUUCCCUCUUGACGCAAACAGUUUAUCUAUUCCUAUUUCACUUGAAAAUAUCUCUGAUGAAGAUGUCAAUGCUAUUGCGUACAACAUAGACAGCACCAUGAAUCUCAAGUUUGUUAGACCCGGUAUUCAACAAACAGGAGCUGUUAGAUGUGGAUUUUCUCUCUCUCCAGAAUCUACUAAUACUUUGAACCCAUCAUUCACUUGUCAAUCAUUUGUAAGGCAACAGCAAAUUACUGGUUAUAUUGAAUACGUUCUUGGAACUGAAGAUAAGCACAGAUUGGAUUUCACUAUGAAGAUUCCUUCAUCAAUGUUCUUUAUUCAAAAACGAAUUGCAGUUGAUGAAUUUGCAAACUUGAUGAAGACCAAUCAGUUACCAUAUCUUUCAUCAACCAAUUGUACCCUCAAUGAAAAGAUUGGUGAUGUAAAUACAGCAGCUAAAGAGAUUGCAAGACAACUCCGCUUGACAGUUGUAGACUCUGUUCCUGAUCAAGUUUAUCAAAUGUAUGGUUGUUCUUGCCAAGGACAUCAUUUGGCUGUCCUUGUUAAAGCUAAAUCGGCAACAACAGUAUCUGUCGAACUCAAAACUACAGACGACACAUUGAGCACUUCGCUCAUCCAAGAGGUUGCUUUGUUGUUCAAGGAAAAGUAA